CUUCCCUAUAAAAGCAGCUUCUUUUCGCCCUUCCUCCCACACACCAACCCUUUCCUCCCCUCUUCUUCAAACCUUCAAAAGCACAUCAGCACACCAGCACACCAACAACAAGCCAACCCCCACAACAAGCCAACCCCCACAAGCACGCACACCAAGUCCUCAAUCAUGAACUCAUCAAGCGGCAAGUCGAACACCCCCUCGAGAACUCCGAUGACCAAGGAUUCGGCCUCGAGGAUCCAGAGCGCGGCCGACCGUAACCCAUCUUCGUCUACCGCUACAACUGGCUUCAAGGAACGUUCCCAGUCGACCGCUGACAAGAAAGCCAACGUUGACAAGCUCGACUUGCAGACUACGAACCCGACAUGCAUGCCAAUGAUAUGUAUCGAAGCACUGAUAUCUGCCCGUCAGCACAAUAUUCUCUGGGACAGUUCGCCCCUAGACUGUGGGAGAGCAUUUUCCUACGGGUGCUGCAAGGGUGUCACCGCUUUUGAUGAACACGUCGUGGUAUUGGCCUCCAUAAAUGAAGACUCGCUCGUUUCUCUCAAAGACCGUUUGACCAGGGGACUCGGUGAAGGCCUGGCAAUCGCCAUUACUCUAGUUGACAGUCAUGUGAUCGUAUUCUUGGAUGAUCUCACGGUAGGUUUUGACGUUUCGAUCCGUCUCCAACGCUGAGCAAGGUCGCACCAUCGUUCUGACGAUUCAUUCCAUGGAGGGGACCGAGGUGCUGUUCGCCAGGCUCGCAAUCAUGGCCAAGGGUACGUUGUGCUGUAUCGGAAAUAAGAUCCGAUUCAAGGACCUGCACAACCGGCUGCGGAUUCAAG